AUGAGACCUGCCGUUACCAAGGAGGAAUUUAGAGCGAUUUUUGGAGAUUCCGAUGAUGAAGAUAGAGUUGAAGAUGAAGAUGAAUCCAAUAUUGAUUUGGAUGGCCUUAGACCAGUUUCAGACUUGAGUGAAGGCGAAGAAAGUGAUUCUGAAGAAUCGGAAGCCGAAGGUGAAGUUGAUGAAGAGUUGUGGAUGGAGGAACUUUCAAACUUUACCCUUCCAGGAUUCAGUAGUUUCUCAGCAUUGUUAAUAGACUUGGGAAACAAUCCUAAAGAUAACAAUCUCUUCUUUGAAAUUUUUGGAGAGAAAAAUCUUCAGCUUAUUGUCUUGGAAACCAAUAGGUAUGCCCGACAGCAACUCGUGAGCAAGCCCGAUCAACUUGCUUGCUGGAAAGACACAACGGCAGUCGAAACGAAGACACACUUUGGACUUUGCAUAAUAAUGGGAAGCAAUGUUUUGCCUGCAGUCGCCAAUUAUUGGUCUACAGCUCCUUGUCUCGGAAAUCAAGCUGUUAAAUCUGUGGUGAGGAGAAACCGAUUUCAAGAAAUAUCGCAGUUCCUGCACUUCAACGAUUCAAUGAAAGCACCGCCAUGUGGGGACGCCAACUGUGACUUACUCUUCAAAGUAAGGCCGGUUUUGAAAAAGGUCCUAGAAAAUACCCAGAGAUACUACUUGCCCAAAAAAAACAUUGCUGUUCAUGAAGGAAUUAUUGCCUUUAGAGGCAGACCUUCUUUCAGGCAAUACAUGCCUGCCAAGCCAACGAAAUACAGCAUCAAAGUUUGGAUGGCCAACGACUCGUCAAAAGGUUAUGUCUUGAACUUCGAAAUUUACAUGGGAAGUGAAGCAGAGAAGCGUGUUCACGGACUUUGCUAUCAAGUUGUAAUGAACAUGGUCAAGCCUUUCUUGAAAAAGAAUCAUGACAUAUGUUUUGAUAAUAAUCAAACAACCAGGCGAGCUUGCUCAAGCACAGAAAGGCAAGAUUGUUUUUACCAAAUGGCACGACAAGUGAGCUGGUCUUUUCUGUUGACAAACAUUUCUCAUGAUCAACCCUCUCGAACUGUUCAGCGUGUGAAAAAGGGGAGAAAUAUCGAGAUUGAGAAGCCUCAUGUAUCAAACACAAAAAACAGCGAAUGA